AUGUGUGCUUGUGUGUGCCUCAUUCAUAGCAGUUGUGCCGCAUGCAGCCGGCGCUGUGUGGGUGCCCAUCGCCCAUCCUUCGGACACCUGAACAUGGACUCCUGCGAAUUCACCCCUUCCCCCCUCCCCCCUGUGUGCAGUUGGAGGCCCGGCGCUGCUAUCCGCGCUGCACCGCUGGUAUGCCCCGUUCCGCUGGUGUGCCCUCAGUUCCUCCCUCAGUUCCUCCCUCAGUUCCUCCCUCAGUUCCUCCCUCAGUUCCUCCCUCAGUUCCUCCCUCAGUUCCUCCCUCAGUUCCUCCCUCAGUUCCUCCCUCAGUUCCUCCCUCAGUUCCUCCCUCAGUUCCUCCCUCAGUUCCUCCCUCAGUUCCUCCCUCAGUUCCUCCCUCAGUUCCUCCCUCAGUUCCUCCCUCAGUUCCUCCCUCAGUCCCUCCCUCAGUCCCUCCCUCAGUUCCUCCCUCAGUUCCUCCCUCAGUUCCUCCCUCAGUUCCUCCCUCAGUUCCUCCCUCAGUCCCUCCCUCAGUCCCUCCCUCAGUUCCUCCCUCAGUUCCUCCCUCAGUUCCUCCCUCAGUUCCUCCCUCAGUCCCUCCCUCAGUCCCUCCCUCAGUCCCUCCCUCAGUUCCUCCCUCAGUUCCUCCCUCAGUUCCUCCCUCAGUUCCUCCCUCAGUUCCUCCCUCAGUUCCUCCCUCAGUUCCUCCCUCAGUUCCUCCCUCAGUUCCUCCCUCAGUUCCUCCCUCAGUUCCUCCCUCAGUUCCUCCCUCAGUUCCUCCCUCAGUUCCUCCCUCAGUCCCUCCCUCAGUUCCUCCCUCAGUCCCUCCCUCAGUUCCUCCCUCAGUCCCUCCCUCAGUCCCUCCCUCAGUUCCUCCCUCCCCCUGGCAGGUGGCGGCUCCCUGGUGAUAGAGGAGACAGAGGCACUAGUGGCAAUAGACGUGAACUCAGUCCCUGCCUCCCCUCCUCCCUCUUCUGUCCGCCACCGCCACUCCUCUCCAGUGUCCCCCUGGCAGGAGGCGGCUCCCUGGUGAUAGAGGAGACAGAGGCACUAGUGGCAAUAGAUGUGAACAGCGGGUGGAGCGUGCUGCAGCCCACUGCACGGCAGGAGGACACCUUCCUUGCCGUCAACCUCGCUGCUGCCAGACAGAUUGCAGUGGAGCUGAGGCUGAGGGACCUGGGAGGGCUCGUGGUGAUUGACUUCAUUGACAUGCAUAAAGCGGAGCACCGGAGGGCGGUGGAGGAAGAGGUGAGGAGGGCGAUGGGGGGGGACCGGCGCAAGGUGCGAGUGGGGGAGAUCUCGCAAUUCGGCCUGCUGGAACUCACCCGCCAGCGCAUGCGUCCAAGCCUUGCCGCCUCGCUCACGGCGCCGUGCACGUGCUGCUGGGCGGCGGGGCGGGUGGAGUCGCGCCUCGCCAUGCUGGCCCGCCUCGAGCGCGCGCUGCAGCGCUGCCUGCUGCUCAUGGGACCCGCCCUGCCAGAUGGCACUCCCUCGCUCGUCCACGUCAUCUGUGCUGCCCUCCACGUCACCCUGCACAUACAGGUGGAUGCAGCGCUGCCGUAUGGCUACUUUCUGCUCUCCCACAAUGGCCGCUCCACUGUCGACCCACCUCUCACCCCGCACGACCCUCCCCCGCACGUCGCGCCUGCCUUCAACAUCCCCGCCUAUCUCGCCUCCAUCCCAUCAGGACCUUCGCGGUGGGGGAUGCAGUGGCGGCAAGGGGAGCGAGGAAGAGUUCCAGGAGUAAGCCGAGUGGUGGUGUUACUGGUGGUAAGGCUAGCAGCAGCAGCAGCAACAAGAGCAGUGGUGGAGGCAGUAUCAAGGGCAUCUGUCAUCUUGUUGUCAGCGACAACAGGCAUGGUCGAGCUCUCAGGGACAGUCAGCAAGCGCACGAAGCAAUACCAGUUGGAGAUCUUGCAAACGACAGCCAAGCCGAAACCGCAAAGCCCGGUGAGGCAGGUUUCGGACGCCGGGUUGACCCGACGACAACAAUUUCGGCAAGAUGAGGACGGCGGGCUGCCGUCGAGACAAAUCGCGCUGAUUGCGACUGACGUGGAUGGGACUCUGCUUAACAGCAAUCACGCCUUGAGUGAACGGACCGAAAGAGCGCUUUUGAUGGCGCAAGAGCAAGGCAUCCAGGUCGUUUUGGCCACUGGCAAAGCAAGAGGGCCGUGGUUUCCUGAAAUCAAGGAGCGACUGAAGCUUGAAACUCCUGGAGUCUUUUUACAGGGCUUGAUGGUUUACAGUGCGGACGGAACUCUGUUGUACGAGCGAGCCAUGGCGGAGGAUGUGGCUCGGCAGGUUAUUCGGUUCGGCAAGGCCGAAGGUGUCACGCUCACGGCCUACUGUGGCGAGAGAAUAUUGUGUGAAGAAAGGGACGAGCACACUGAUCGUCUCAUUCCCUAUGGCGAGCCAAUCCCCGAAGCCGUUGGGUCCCUUGAGGACCUCAUUGGUAUCACAUCCAUUCACAAGCUCAUUCUCAUGGCUGACGAUGACACCUUGGCAGCACUAAGGCCUCGUUUGGACGCGGAGCUGGGUGGCAGGGGGUCGCUCAUCACAUCAGUGCCUGGCAUGCUGGAAGUGCUUCCAGUUGGCGCUUCUAAGGCCACAGGCCUUGCCACUGUGCUCGACAUUAUGGGUCUGCACCCGCAGCAGGUCAUGGCGGCAGGAGAUGGUGAAAAUGACAUUGAGAUGCUCCAGAUGGUUGGUUUGGUUCGUCCGACAAGAUGCACCCGCGCAACCAAACACGUGCUGCCGUGGCGCCGCGAUUCCGUAUUCCUAGAAUCGACUCGGUAUUCGACCGUCCGCCGACCGUUCGUCGCCUCUUCCCUGAAGAUUUCCGCGAAUGCUUCGAUGCUACUGGCGACGCUAUCGAAAUCGUCCCCGCGUUGUCGCACUGCGAGAUCGUCGCCCGCGCGACGUACCACAGCGAGAUCGUCGUCCGCGCGACGUACCUCGGCGAAAUCGCGUCGUACCACGGCGAAAUCGCUGUCUGCGCGUCGACGCAUGGCGAAAUCGCUGUCUGCGCGUCGACGCAUGGCGAAAUCGCUCUCUGCGCGUCGUCGCACGGCGAAAUCGCUGUCUGCGCGUCGACGCAUGGCGAAAUCGCUCUCUGCGCGUCGACGCAUGGCGAAAUCGCUCUCUGCGCGUCGACGCAUGGCGAAAUCGCUCUCUGCGCGUCAUCGCACGGCGAAAUCGUCGUCGACCGCUGCGGCUGCAGCGGCAUCAGCGCUCGGAGCUUCUUCAACCGCCAGCUAA